CUGUCAUGUGAUCAGCUGUGUCCAAUCACAGCUGAUGGCAAGGGACAUGUACACUGAUCAUCAGGGCACUGAUGAUCAGUGUGCCCUGAUGAUCAGUGUAGCCCCAUCAGUGCCAUCUGUCAGUGUCCAUCAAUGCCAGCUGUCAGUGCUCAUUAAUGCCAGCUGUCAGUGCCCAUCGGUGCCACAUCAAUGCCACAUAUCGGUGCCCAUCUGAGCUGCCUUUCAGUGCCACCUAUCAGUGCCAGUCAGUGCCACUUAUCAAUGCCAGUCAGUGCCACCUAUCAGUGCUGCCGAUCAGUGCCACCUAUCAGUGCCAGUCAGUGCUGUUUGUCAGUGCCGCCUAACAGUGCCAGUCACUGCCACCUAA